AUGGCCAGCGUGGAGACGAUGGAGCCGUCCAUGUCCAAGGUUGUGAAAUCCUUGGAGAACAAGAUGGAGCUGUUGCUGGCGCAGUUCCAAGCAUUCACCCAGACGCAGGAAACCCAGCAUGAGGAGGUGCUGCUCCUGAUCAAAGGGCCCAGGUUCUCGAGGCUCAGCAAGUCCAGCAGAGAAUCCGGGCAGGCGUUCGCAACGGUCGUUUGCAAUAGCAGCCACGAUGUGCUGCGCAGUGACGAGGAGGUAAACGCCAAGAAGUCUUUGAAAGUGCCACCGCCACUGUGGGGAAGGAUGAACAGUGCUCUCAGCCGCGCGGAGAAUGACAUCUCUGGCUGGGUGGGAGAGGUGAAGAACCGCCAAGACAUGGAGUCGAAGAAGAGCGCCAAGGUGAAAGAUGUUGCGUCCGAGUUCAGACACACGAUAAGCGUCGUGCCCAGCGUCCUCGACAUGCAGGCAGCCUUUGAGCACUGCGUGGCCUCCAACCGGAGCCCGAAGUCGGAGUGUCAGCGCACCCCGGAGGACCCCAGGCCCAGCCCUCCAGAAGAACCACAGCUUCCCCUGAUCGGCAGCAUACCUGCAACUGAGAAGAUCAAGGACACCGACAGCCCUCGCCGCGACAGCUGUCGGUGCCGGGACACCACCGACAGCCCCCGGUGGCGAGAGGGGCAGGAGAUAGAGAACAUGAUGAGCCUCAGUAAGAGAUCCCACACCCACAUCAUGGACCUGUACAGCCAGCCCUACGAGUCGUCCACCGAGCCCCUAGACUGCGGAGUGUACCAGGACCUGGGCUGCCGUAUCUCCGUGAAUCUCCCUCGCUUUGCCCUUGGUGUGCCUGUGCUCCUGGCGGCGCUGGCCACUUUUUUGCAUCUCUACUGCUGGCCCUUGGGCUGUGCCUAUGGGUCUGGGCACGCCUUCACCACGGUGGCGUCUGCAGUGUUUAGCCUCUUCGCGGUGGCGUGCCUCUACUUCCUGAGGCACGCCAUCCUUUCGCCCGACAUGGCUUUGGCAGUGAAAAAGCUACAGCUGUUUUUGGACAGCUUCACGACACCCUGGGCCAGGCGUUGCCGACAGGAGCAGCGCAGGAGUUUGGUGGUUUGGCUGAUACUUCUGCUCACCUUUGUGUCGGAACAGGUCUGCGAGGCGUACCGGGCGGCGCCGGGCUCAAUGGACGAGCAGCACUUAAGGGUGAUCGUGAUCAGCUUGUCAGCGCUGAGCUUCGCACUCUCCAGCGGUAUGGUGGUCUUGGUGGCCUACGUGCAGCAACAUUUUUUGCUGGGCCUGGACACGUCUGUGGAUUGCUGGUGCUGCAGCUUGCUGGAGGAGCCUGACUUCAGCCUGGGUGUGGACAGCUGGAACUGCCUGCAGGCCCUGCUGAAGUGCAUCGGCCGAGAGCUUGCCAGCAGCUUUCUGGCGGUUCAAGUCCUGGGUGCAGGAGGCUUCAUCUACCUUCUGGCCAGCACUGUCACGGCUCUCUUCCAGCAUGGCCUCGACAUGGAGAUGCUGCUGCCGGAAGGCUUGAAGUUGCUGCCUCUACUCGUUUACUUCAUGCUGGAGAUGCGGGUCUUCUCAAGGGGGGCCUCAUUGACGCAGAAGUGCCGCGUGGUGCCGUCCUUUGUCAACCAAAUCCCUUCAGCCACCUUGCUGGACACGGAGCGCCAGUACUUAGUCCGCUUCGUGGAGGAUAGCUCCGCGGGCUUCCAGGUGAGAGAUGUGCAGCUCACCCCGGAGAUGUUUCUGAAGAUCUUCAUUUUCUUCGGAGGCUUGGUCUCAGGCUUGAUCGGCAUACUCUCUCGCGUGUCGCUUUCCUGA